UUUCACUGCGACUAUGGCACUUUCUACAACAGUUUCGAAUUUCCUUCUGAUCACCUUCAGCACAUAUACCUUUGCUAGCGAUGAACGUAUAGUGGGAGGUAACAACGCUAAAGAGGGAGAGUACCCUUAUCAAGUAUCAUUGCGACAAAGAGGCUUUCAUACGUGUGGAGGUUCGUUAAUCAAAGAAAACUGGGUUCUUACUGCUGCACAUUGCGUUAGCGGUUUACAGCCAGACAAUAUGUACCUGAUGGCAGGAAGUAUUCGUUUAAAUUCCGGAGGAGAAAAACUGGACGUCAAAAAAAUCGUAGUACACCCGAAAUGGUCGUCGUCAAAUAUAUCUGAUGACAUUGCUUUGAUUAAAUUGAAAAGUCCGGUCACAUUUAACAGCAAAAUACGGGCAAUUGGACUUCCUGAAGAAGACACCGAACCAGGAACCGAUCUUAUAUUAACAGGAUGGGGAAAAACAUCGGUGAAACAUCCGGGAAAACCGCCGAACGAUCUGCAAAUGAUAAGAUUAAUUUCUAUUAGUAAUGAAGAAUGUACAACAAAAGAAUCGAAUGUGCCAGCAGUCCGCCCAAGUAAUAUAUGCACUUUUACAAAAGCUGGAGAAGGAGCCUGUCACGGCGACUCGGGAGGUCCUUUAGUUCGCGGUGACUAUCAAGUUGGAGUUGUUUCUUGGGGAAUACCAUGCGCACGAGGUAAACCCGACGUCUUCACCAGGGUCUACUAUUAUUUAGAUUGGAUAAAAAAGAAUAUUGAACAUGACAAUAACAUAAAGGAAUAAUGACAACAUUUCAAAUA